GUCAUCGAUUCCUCUCCAUACAUCGCUGCCAGAUUUGUAAUUAGUCUUCAAGGUUAAAUAUGUGGUACAUCUAUGGCGCCGGAGUUGUGACGACAGCGGCGGUGCUCUGGAUUGAAGCGGUGGCCACGAAAUUGACACCGGCGGAAUUUUUGAUAAAGGUGUUGAUGGUGACCAAAGUGGCAGCACCGAUUGUGACCAUUUGGCGGCAACGACGGUGGAGAAUAGUGGCGGUGGCGGCAGAUUUCGAUGAUGGUGGGCUUGCUGAGGAUGGAGACGCCGGUGUGGGAGGCCGUAGUGAGGGCGGAUGGCUAGAGACAGUCGGCGCAUGGCGAGAGGUGUUUUCCAUUUGCCGAUGCCCAAAUUUUCGGCUCACAGGCCUUGUGCAGUGUGCAUUAAAUGAAUUAUUAUAAUAGGGGUGUUUUUGUCCAAUGAAGCUAUUUUUGAUCCUACGAAACAUAUGUUCCAUUUAAACUCCUAAAUGUGCAAUUAAGUUUAUUAUUACUCCUAUUUGAGUAAUUUACUCAUGUUUGCAAAUGCAAGCGGAAGGUCUCCCUCAUUUGCCAGGUACAAAUUUUUGCCGUAUCAACAUGUAGCCAGUUUUUCCCUUGCUAUGGGAAUGAAGAAGCUUGUUUCUUGGCUUUGGAUUUUCUAAUCUCAAUCAAUAUUAAAGGUACAAAAGUGACCUGACAAAACUCUCCAUAGCCGUAUCCCUUAUGCUUGGAGCAAGGAUUGUGCCUAGAGUGGCGGCCGCUUCACUUAUGGUAUCUUAGAUGGUGACUACAACAUCAUAUGUUUUGGCCUUCGAUCUUUUGGUCUUGGAGGAAGAAGAUGAAGAGUUGAUGAUCUGGCCUCCUCUUAAGCCCGUUGCCAUGGAGGGAACGAGUGGUUUUGCUUUAAUUUCAUUUCAAAUUUUAUUUUUAUUUCGAUAGACUAGUUACUUUAUUUUCAGAUUGUUUGUGUAAGUGGCAAUCUUGAAUUGUUUAGUUUAGCUAUGAUCAGAAGUGUUUAGAUCUCUACAAUCAUUAAUUGCUUCGAAGUUUCUGUAUGUUUAGAGAAAAAUUUCGUUCAAUUUUGGGAGAACUUAUCUAUGCCUGAUCAGUUAUUCAAUUAUGUAGAAGACCUUUCGGUUAUUAUGAAUCCAAUAAAAUGGGGGGAAAAGUACAUAUAUACCCCUAUAGUAUAGGUGCAGGAACAAAUAUACCCCUGUUUUAUUUUUUGGAACAAAUAUACCCUUGAACUUUGAAAAAAGUUCAAAAAUAUCUCUCAUGUUUUUAUAAAGGAGCAAAUUAAUCCUUAUUGAAUUUAAAGUAAUAAAAUAAAUUUCCUAAAACGCCAAAAAAUUAAAAUUUCGAAAUUAAAAUAUAAAAAGAAUUAAAAG